UUUGUAGCAUAAAAUUUUAAGUCUUCUAAAUUCGUUUAUUCGUACCUAAAAAUCAAAUUAUUUCAAAAUGAUUUUCAGACGCCGUAUAUAUAGCAUCAUGUGGAAUAAAGAAGCUACAAAAACCCACAAAAAUGACGAUACACCCGCAGAAGGGAUCCCCGAAUUGACAACAGGAUGCACCAAAGCAAAUGAUUUGACAAAAAAUUCCGCCGUGGAAUCAGAUACAUUAGUUGUUGCCACAUGUGUUGUCAAUGAUGAUGGUAAUUCUGCGGAAAAUAGCGGUACAGUUGAAUGUCCGACGGAAACUGAACCCAGUGAUAUCAACCGUUUAUUGUCCGUUGUACGUUUAACUGAUGGCCCGCCGACAAGCGCGCAACGCAAUGAGUUGAACAAAGUACAAAAUUCCACGUGUGAAAGUAACGUAACACCAAACACAACAAAUGCAUCACCACAAAAGUCAGUGUCGGCAACCGCGACAACUGGUUGUACAGUAAUUAAGGACAUAACCAAUUUUUCAGCAUUAACAGUAGCCACUGAUUGUGAUGAAUUGCCAUAUACAAGUACCAAUGCAAAUAUAAAAACACACGCCUUCCAGCAAUCUCCCAAGCCAAUCAUUUCUGUAAAAUACUUCAGUCCAAUAGUGAGAGCUCAAAAUGAGACUGUGGUAUCACCAAUUAGCGGAACAACCGAAAAUCGGUGCGACACAAAUUUUCAAAGGGAUAUUGUGGCUGGUCCACAAAUACAGAAUUCAAAUGAUAACCUGGUUUGCCUGCCGGAGACGGAUUCGGAUACAGUGAGGUGCGUACCGACUCCGGCAUCGCAAAUCCGUGCACUCUCACCUGCCAACUCAAGCGUAACUAGCAUGUCAACACCUCGCUCUACAAAAAGUACUAGGGGACGGCGAGUGGUAUGUUUGCGUCACAUGAGGCGAGCCCCCAAGGAGCCAGAAGAGUACAUAGAUGCAUUGUUUCCGCACAUACGUGAGGCACAUAACCAAAUACGCGGAGCUCUAUUGCAUGCUCCGCUCACGGAUGUGAAAGAUAAUGUAUUGCUAAAGCGUAAAAUACUUGAUGUUAUUCGUCUCUAUGUCAGUGGUUGUAAAAAUGAGUUUGAAAGAGUUGGCGCUUCAGUGAUACUAUGUCGCCGGCUAAAGAGAAAUAUUUUUCGUCUAUUGGAUUUGUUCCAUGAAAUUUUUUCCUCUAGUCGCGAGGACCCUGUUUAUCUGUAUCACAUAAGCCAAUUAAUUGCGGUGUACAAUUCCCUCGAAAUAAGAUUAUCUUUCAAUUUAACAAAACUACAAAAAUGCGCUUUAAUCCACCGCAUAUCACAUGUUAUACAUAAACAUUUAAUGGUGAAGGAUGAGUUGUUGGCCAAGGGCAAUAUACUCAGAAUGUUCCUGCAUAUGCCCGAUAUGUAUUCGGCACGUUUUAUAAUGGAACCACUAUUUAACACGUUUUUAGUGGAAAUCCCCACGACCAGCAACAAUUGUUGUCAAAGAGAAUUGCCGGAUAAGGCUUUCGUGCAAUAUAUUAUAGUACUGCAUCUAUGGAAAGAGAUGCUUCGAGAUCCGCUCGAGCAAGUGGAACUAAUAAACAGAGCACAACAUUUUAUGUGCCCAACCAAGACAUUACAUACGAACCCUUUGUACGCGAAUCAUUUGCCAACCAUUCACACACGCAAAAAUGCUGUCAAAGACAUUUUAAAUAGUCUAAAAUUUUUCCACGACUUAAAAAAUGCCGCAAUUUGUGAUGACAUCUUGCAAGAUGAGGAUGAUGACAUUGAAGUCGUUAUUGACGACGUUAUAAAUAAACCAUUCUGGGAUUUUGGUGCUACCUACACAUCUGAAACUAAACAUCAAAGGACUGUAAAUCUGGGAGUCAGUAUCCCAGAACCAGUUGAGUGUGUGGAUCUUACUGUAGAAGAUGAUCAACAGCCCAUAAUAGAGCACGUGGAAUGUCCUUUAGAUUGGCUUGCGGAAUUGAAAGAGCGAGCGUCAGAAAGAGUGCAGGCAGAUGAAACAGAAAAUAUUAUUUGCUUAGAUUCCGACUCGGAUGGAGAAUUGUUCUCGGGCAGCAUAGUAGAUCCAACAGAAUCUUAUCAAGAUUGUUUUGGUGUCGACACUGACUACACAAGUCUUGACAGUAGUUCCACAGAUGAUAAAGUUGCCUCUGAAGAUGAUGUGUCACCUACAAGUGUACUCUCUCCUAGUGGCAUUAGAACUUAUCUUGCGCCCAAAUCUAAAAAGCAAAUUAAUUCCAGUGAUGACAAUCGUUUAAAUACAAGUCGUCCCCAAACUCGUACAGAAUCCUCUCAUGCAAGAUUAAGAGAUGAUGAUGACAGGAUAACUCUUGGUACAAAAACAUCAGCAAAGGAAGGUACACUACCGCUGAUCGUUAACACCUUCACCGUUAGCAGCAAGCAAAAUAUGCACUUCUUAAGCUCACCCAGACUUAGCCUUGAUAUUGGGCCAGAGCGUUUUGGGGGCGAGGAUAUGGAGUUGCCCCAUACAGGUGACAAUGAACGUGAAUCGAGAAAAAUUGCAAUGCAGCAACAAAGUCGUGAGACUGCUAAAGAUCAAGGUGAUGGAUAUUACGAGAAUGAUAAUGAUGAUGAAGAUGAGUAUCAUUCUUUGCCAUUAACCAGUUCGUCAACAACAACAAAUUUGGGCAAAGUAAUCUACUCUCAAGCGCUACCUCAUCCUAAUCGGAGAUUGUUACCGGAAGAUGAUGUGCAGGCGGUAAGGCAUAGCCAUGUAGGUUUCAAGGAGAAAGAUGGAGUUAAGCAAGGCUAUAAACAAAAUAAUGAAGAUGGCACAAAGCAAGUGCACACGCACGUCGGGCAUAAACCAGUGAAAAAACAAGUGAAAUUCAACGAUAACCCUAUUGGACCCACGCGAUGUCCUCAAACUAAAUUGCCGAUAAAGCCAGCUAUACAUCUCAAUAAAAUACCAAACAACAAUCAACACCAACAACCUAUUUUAUCCAGUUCACCACAGCCUCGCUUUGCAUCACCUUCAUCAUCAACCUCUUCAACAGCUGAGUCACUUAAGCAAAUGGCACAAAAAGGUAGGCGAUUUGUUGACAGAUUUAAAAUACAGAAACCUAAAAUCUUAAAAAGUUCAUCUGCAAUGAUAGUUGAUUCCAAGGAUGAUCAUAUUAUUGAUGUUAGUGCUAGUGCAAAUACGAAAAAAGAUAAAUUAACAGUUUCUACUCAACCAAUUGAAAGUAUAAAAGCCCAUAUAAAAGAUAUACCAAAUCCAUAUUUAUCAGUUUCUAAUAGCAAUAUUUGUAAAAAUGAAAAGUAUAAAAUGAAAACGGGUCAUGUUUCAAACCGAUCUACAACAAUACAUGGGCCAAAAGAUAUUUCAUCAACCAAUUAUAUAUGUAAUACAAAUGUCGAAAAUAUGCUGUAUGAUAGUACUGUAUGUAGUGAUUUAGAAAUUUUAGAACUGGAAAACCAAGUCGAAAUGGAGGAGCAAAAUUCGAAUGUUUCAACAACGACAGGCCCAAAUUUAGAGUCCAAUACGGCAGAUGAACAUACAAACGCAGCUGUAAACGAAAAGUGUAUUAAAAACCAAACGUUAGUUACAAUAGAGAGUACAAGUUCAGAAGACUGUAGGGCGACCUCUUUUGAAAGCAAUGUGGGUAGUGAUAUUUGUACGAGUAGCACAGAGACAAUUGCGCAGGAACCUAAUUCGGAGUAUAAGGAUUUAUUGCCCAAAAUGGUCGUUUUUGGUGAUAUGCAAAGUGAUAAAAUUUCAUUGGAAUCAACUAAGAAAGGAGGUUUCCAGCAACAAAGUUCGUUUUCUGAGCUAAGUUGCACAGGAGGUGAAACGAGUGAAAACCUACCGUUGAGCGCUGAUAGUAUCGCUACGAUUGGUUCAGAAAAACUGGAGACUAUUCUUGAAAAACCAAUAGGUGGUGAGGCAAACGAAAAUGAGUGUAGGCAAUGUGUAAUUAAAUUGUAUGACGAAAAUAUUUCGAAAAAUACAAGUAAGUUAGCGAUUGAUUUAAACGCUAUUAACACUCAGCAAUCCGGCACUCACGUUAAUGUGGAAAAAGAUGUACACAGUUUAGGAAAGUGCAAUAAAGUUGAAAAUAAAAAAGCAACAUCAUCAGAAGAAAAUGUGGAACGAAUAAUCGCAAUAGAAAAUGAAACGGUGGUUUCGGUUUGCCAUGAAAACCCAAUAUCAGUAGGCCAACCAGCUUUGAACAGCGAUAACUUAAAGGAGCAGAGCGCAGUUGGUUCAAAGAAAUCAAACGAAUCGAAAAAUAUGCUUACACGCACUGAGUCUACUUCUCAAAACACAGCAUAUAAGAUGCUUGAAGGUUCUGAAAACUUGCAUAUCGAACGAAAUAUUGAAUAUCCUCAAAGCGGUGAUGCUGCUCAAGGUCGUCCAAUUGAAGUUCAAUGUGUAACUCAAGGCAGCUCUGAUACAACAGUAGUUGAUGAAAAAAUGUCUAGAAAACUAGAACAAGAGCAGGUUCUAGGAGCUGUAGGGAUGGUCAAUACCACUUUAACUACGAGUUUGCUAGCGCCCAAAUUGAAAGUACAAACAGCAACGGAUAAAGGAGAAGAUAAAUCAAUAGAAAUUAUUGAAAAGGUAGACCAAAAUUCAAAAAUUUUGGUGGAGACUUCAGAGGAGCUUAGAAACAUCAAAAAUUCUAGUUCUGUUACAACCAAAGACUGUACGUUUAUUACCGAAAGCGAGGAGAUUGCAGAGGAAGCAGAGUUAGGGAGUUUAGAUGUCAAUACUAACACAUCAAAGUCCGACAAAAACCAAAUAGCCCAAGUCAAUGACGAUAUUCAAGUAACGCAAACGACAGCCGAAGAAGAAAAAGGAGGAAGGACUAGUGUUGCCGAAGUAAUUUUCUUAAAAAAUUCGGAGAAAAGCAUUUCGUUAAAAGAACGUGAAGUUACUAAAAAGUCUGAGUUCAGUGAUGAUACACAUCAUAUAGAGGGAAUAAGUGGAGGGGAGCAACAAAAAGGUAUUCGAUUUGAAGAGAAAAUAAGCGUAUUAUCGUGCAAUACUUCCGUAAAUCAAGAAACAGCUCCGAAGUUUGAUGACCAACCAAGUAAACUACAUAACGCAAAUGCCAAUAUAACUGAAAGUAAUAAAGAAAUUAAAGAAAUCUCACCUGAUAUUAGUAUAAACGAAGACGAUGUUUUUGCUAAUGAGUGUGAAACAACUAAUGGACAAAAUACUUCCGCUAAUAUUAGAAACGAAAAUUUCCUAAAGCAACAGGAUAUGCGCAGCGAUGUUGAAAAGGAUCGAAAUGCGGCAUUAAAUAAAAUUACAGCGGAUCAGAAAUUAGUAACAGGAAGUUUAAUUGCUGAUCAAGCGCCUACUAGUGCAGUUGUUGUAAGCGAAGCAAUUUUAGAAAACACAAAUGCGACCAAUACAAAUGAAACAGAGCCAAUAGAAUGCAUAGAAAGCCCAACCAAUUCGCUUACAAAUGGGAAAUCCAUAGCCAAGGUUGAAGCUAUAGAAGUUCAUAAGGAAGUAUUUAGUUCCAGUGCUGUAAAUAGUUCCAGUGACGGCUUGGUCCGCUUGGUAGCGGCUGUAAACGCUGUUGAAGCGUUGGAUUUGACACUUGAGGGCGAGAGUGAAAAUGUGGAAAAAUGUGAAGUAAAAAGUACUGAUUUGGUCCGCAAUUAUGAGUCUGGGAAGAAAUCAACUGUAUUUAGCUCCAAAAAUUUACAAACAGCUAACUCUAGUUUAAAUGAUUUGGCUGCUAAUGUGGUGGCUGAGCGCACUACUAACGCAGAACAGGCAGUUGUUGAGAAAAGUAACAAAGCGACAAGCCAAAAAGCUGCAAAUGAAGGUGUUAAUAUUGUUGAAAAGGACGUCAUGCCGACGUCGACGCAGGUUAUUUCUAAAGAACCUCUUGAAGCAGCCAACGAAUUCACAACCACUGGUAUUUAUUGCUCUGGCGAUAAAAGUCCCCAAACUAACUUGGAGCGCCUUGCAGAAGCUGUUCUACUUACCGAAGCGGCAGCUCAGAAAUGUCCUAGUACUGCGACUGGCCGUAGUGUACCACAAAUGGAAAUUGAAUCCACUCAGUCGACUGUAGACCAACUUGCUGCAGAGUGUAUUGAAAUACCCAAACAUACAACAGCGUGUGAAAGUGAUACAAUAGGUCAAAAAGUUAUAAUUGACAGAGGGACUAAUAAGGAUACUGGUUUAACUUCAGUUAGCGAGUGUACGCAUGUAAAAAUAGUCGGCUCCGAAUUUGAAUCAGUCAUAAUGUCGCUAAAAUCACAGAACUCUUCCGCCGUGCCGUUAAAUUCGGUUACUGAUGGGAAAAGCGGUCAAGGACUGCCAAGCGAUUACCCCAAAAUCAUGAAUGACUCGGUCAAUGAAAGUGCAAUUUCGAUUGUUCAUAAAGGGGCAGCGGCCAUGUUGACGCACGAUAAUGUAAAAAUGUCAAAACCAACCGUAGCAAAGCAAUCAGCAAAAUGCAUUGCACGACAGCAAAAUAAAGAAAAAGUGUCAUUAAAUUUACGCAAAACAGUCAGCGUUCCUAACAAAGCAACAUCUGUUAACUCCAAUCCGCCAUUGUCACAUAAUACUGGUCCAACUUUUCAUUCAUCCUUUGAAAAAUUCGUAAACUCACAAAAAAUAAAAACUGAAUUGAAACUGCAGCGUACAUCGUCCAGAAUUUCACAGUUAACGGCUACAAAAAAUAUUUCAAAAGAUAUAGAAAAAACAGUUUUGCCUGCAGAAAUAAGUCAUGCACACUCCUGCGUUGGGGCAGCAAAGAAUUCAGUAUCUCGUAGUGACAUAAAUGUAGUAGUGAGAGGCAAACACGUUUCCAAAUCUCUGACACCCCAAAAGAGUGCUCCUUUUGCGCAACAAUCAGCUGAAUUAGUUGUGUCACCAGAGAGUCACACUCCCAGCGUUGGUGCGAGCAAAUUUGAAUUAAAGAAAAGAUAUAGUUUGCGUAGAAGCGAACAAUGGAAAGUGGUAAAAAAUACGAGUUUACGUGCUUCACCACCAACCAGCAACAGUGAAUGUGCGACUACUAAAAAGACUAUAACGAAUACGCUGAGCAAACGUUGCAUCAAGAUACGCUUGGCAAGAGCCAAAAUGCCCACAAAAGCAGCUAAAAAGGUAAAUCCACCAACACCAACUGUUCAAGAAGUGCCAAGCUUAGAAGCACAAUUUGGCGAUGUGUCGCAUCGUCCGAUAACAAGAAGACUAGCGGCUGCGCUUAAUUCUAGCCUGCAAAUGGAGACGGAUAAUGCGGUUAUAGAACCGAUGAUUAAACCGUCUGUUAUGCGUGGAAGAAAAUAUAGACCAAAAAUAGAAGUACUGCAAGAAGACGCAGUGCCAACUAAACGUAAAAGAUGUGUAAAUGUAGCAAACACUUCGAGUAAUAAAGCGAUCGAAGUGAUCGAGACGGAAACUACAAUACUGGAAACUUUGGAGUGGAAGGGAAAGAGGAAAGAGUGUGUUGCAGAAGUAACGAAAGAAAUAUCCGCAAAACCGAGGGGAGAAAAGGAAUCACCAAAAAAUGCCUUUCAAAAAAACACGCAAAUUGAAACUGUGUUGGAUGACACCACACCCAUCCCCGAAAAAGGUACUGCAAGGAGUACGAAAUAUGGAAAAAUAGAAACAGAAACAGAGAAAGUGUCAAGUGACAGUGAAAUUACAUUUGAAGCACCGCUAGAGAAAGAUGUAAUCAAUUUUGAGACCAUUUUCAUUGAACCAUUGAUUAGUAUCAAGAGUAUAAGAACUAAAAAUUUGAACUCAGUGGAAACCACAAAAAUUGAGGCACAGCCUAUUAAAGAGGUAGAAAGUGUGCCAACGGCAAACAGCAAAGAGGUAUCUAUUCAAAAUGUCGAUGCAUUGGUAAAACCGGACGUUAGUUUGCCUGUCGAAGGUACAAUACCACAUGAGAGUUCAAAAACUAGCGAAAAGUCAGAAGAGUCUAAUGAAGUUAUGAAAACUAAUGUUCCGACUACUGUUAAUAAAAAUGUAGUUGAGACUGAAUCUCAAUAUCAGCAAGAUCUAACUCAGCCGUAUGUAAAUUCUUCUUCGAAUGAAAAAGUUAUUACGGCCCCUUCAAAAGAUAUUUUGUUAGCCGAAAGUGUCGAGUCUGCGCCUAUAACCUGCCACGAAAACUCGAAUUCACUACCAGAAAAAAGUGAUGCGCAACUCGUAGAUAUUUCGAAUUUCACGAGCUUAACAUUGGAACUGGCCGAUUCUUAUAGUCCCACCAAAUCUGUAAUCAAAUGUAAUCCUAAAUGCAUUCAUAAAUGCAUCCGAGACGAGGAGUCUACAAUCGAUUUGAGCGUUUCACAGAAUGAAAUGAAUGAAAAAACUGAAAAUCUAAACAAUUCCGAUUCUAUAAAUAUUUUGAAAACUAAUAUGGAAGCUGAUAAACUAUUAGAAGAAUAUAACCAUCCGGCACGCAUUAUAACAAAUGCAAAUUUAAAAAUACCGCGAGCUGUGCAAACACCAACCGAUGGACGUACGCCUGCUUGUAGUAGUGUGAGCUUUAGUUUCACCGGAAGUGACACUUCAAGUUCUUCCAUAAACAGCUGCUCGUGCAGCACUUCAACUACAGAUUUAUUCAAAAGUCAGCCAUCAAGCUUUAAGGUGGUGCAAUCCCAAGCACCAGUGGCCGAACUACUAUCGAGCACAAGCAGUAGCUUCCAUGGGAUAUCGCUAUUAGAUUUAGAACACGAUGUUAUUAUAAACAAUGAUGACUUGCUUUCCGAAUUGAUGCCGACAACGAUUAUAGAUAAUAUAACGGCGGCUAGUCUGGAGCACAACUACGCUAUAAAGCCACUCGAGAUGGUUAUAAGAAAUGAGGAUGACUCGCAAUACGAUAAGCACGUAAAAAACGAACCAUCGAUACUGAAUAGCGUCGACAUCAGCACUACAAAAGAAUCUUAUGAAGUAGAGGAUAACGGGGUUCUAGAAAAUACUUUACAAACAUCGACAGAAAUCGGCGGUGAUUCAAAUAAUGAAAAGUCGAUGUCAAUAACAAGUCUUAAAGUUUCGAUACCCCUUGCCUUAAUAAAAAGGAUAGACGAAAUAACGGCUGAUUAUAGAAAAUCUAAGGACUGGUAUUUAUCUGAGAAACCUUCCACCUCUAAGGCGGCUUUAGAGGCAUUAGCUAGAAGAAGAGACACGCAGCUUAAAACCAUUAUAACUACAGGUUCCAUCACACCAAAUGUGCCCAGUGAUGUUCACGAACAAGAUCCGCAGAUUUUUCAAAAGUAUUCAAGCAAGCGAGAUAUUGUUUCGGCUGAUAGGUUAACAUCACCUUGUCAGUUAGUCUCUCGUGAAAAUUGUUGCCAAUCACCAAGUCUACCAUUAAAAAAACGAAGAAACAUCUCAGGUGUUUUGGAAGAAGAUUUGUUUAAUGCAACAAUGCUAUUGUCGGCAGAAGACAAUCUAGUAACGGGAAUAUCACAUAGUGUCAAUUCAUUAACUGAACAUAAAAUACAUAAACCAAAUGAAGCAACAGAUAGGUCUAUUGCAAUUGUUUUUGAAAAUAAGAAUAAGUUGGUUAAGUGUGAACAUUUUUUAUGGGCUGAAGACAAAGUGAAAAGGCCGCCGUCUGAAAAUUUUAAGGCGCAAUUUGAAAAAUCAACCCCAGAAAAAGACCCCGCCUCAGAAAUAAACUCCGUCUGUGAUGAAAUCGAAAGAUUGGAAACAACAAAUGAUCAGCAAAGAGCCGAGGCAAACGUGCCAAUAGAUUAUCAGCACAAUGCAAGCAGCGAACAAUUAACAAAACCGAUUCAACAGACCAGAGAAGAUCGUUUUGAUGGUAUUGACCCACUAGCGGGAAAAGAAAAAGAAGCCAAAAGUUCUAGUUGUCAAGAUCAAAUUAUGGAACUGAUAACCGAAUGUCAGAAUAAUACUGAUAGCCAUAUUGGAAACCAGCAUAAAAGUAAAAAUAAAGGCAAUUUGCAAGGCGUUGAUACAUGCGAGACUGAUAAAGAUCCAAAAGCACAAGAACAUUUUUUUGAGGUAUUUCCCCAAUUCACAAGCCAAGAAUCAUCGGAAAAGAGAUUAAAGAAGAGUAUUCCGGGAGAUGUGGUUCAAGGUAACGACAAAUAUACAGCUGAAAAUAACGCAAGAGAAUCGCAUCAGGAGCUAACUUUUAAAGAUCGCUUAACAAAUUGCGAUAUGCUAGAAACUCUGACAAAUGAUCAUUUUGAACCAGUGAUACCUGAGAAUCAAGAAAAGGAUGCUUCAAAUGUUGAGCCUUUCGAACAUCAAAUUGCAGUUUGUGAAGGGCAAAAUAGUGAAGUCGCUUUUUUAGAUCAAGAAAAAUGCGUGGACGUAGUUCAAAUGGAACAUUCCCAUGAAGUUUCAGUUCCGGAUCAGCCAGAUGUACCAAUGAAUGAGGAGUCUUAUAAGGAGUCUUGUAAGGGUGUUGGGACGGACUGUGCGGCUAACAUUAAGAACAUUUCAAUGCCAGAAUUUAAAGGGAGAGGAAUACAAGACCUAAUAUCUAUACAAGAAGUGCAGCAUACUAAAGAUAGUCCCUUGCCAAAUUAUGAAAACCACCCUAAUGAAGUUAUAUUAACAAGUUAUGAUGAUCAAUUCUUUGUUACUGUUUGCUUGAAUGAUUCAAAAGAGGCAGUUAGCGGCUUUGACGACACCAAUAAUAUGUUCAAAUCAAAGGAAUAUGCAGAGAAGAAUUUCGAUAUAGGUAAUGGUUUGAUCAUCAGCACUCAUCAAAUUAAAGAAGAAUCUACCGAUUUAAUGAAUAUGAUAAACUCGUCAGAAAGCAGUGCAGUAAAUUUAAAAAAACAGGAGACAACCUUCACUACCGAUGCGGAUUUGUUAAAAACAAACGAACUUAUUGAAUUCACUGAAAACUUGACGAAUACCACACCACCUACCAAUUCUGACGAUCUGCAACUAUUCACAGUUGAAAGCAAUACAAAUUUUCCAAAUACUAAUAUGACGUGUGCACCAACAACUUCGCAAAUGGAAUUAUUUGCCAGUUCGAAUACAACUGCUUUGAAUUUUAAUAAUACGCCGACAUUUACAAGCUGUGAAUUUGGCAUAGACCAUGGCGCGCGUAGCAGGGCGAACAUUGCUGACCUGAGCCAAAUUAACGACCUUGGCUUUGUCGAGCAUGAAGCAAUGCAGACCACACAACUAACUUCAUUGCCAAUCGCCAUGGAAGUGGAUCAACGGGAUUGUUCCAUGGGCUUUGAACAGCCACAAAGCCACAUUAUAUUAGCAGACAACCAAAAAACAGACGCGUUAGAUUGCAUAACUUCUUCACCACUACAAUUAAACUCAAACGUUGCUCAAAUAAAAACGGAGCAAAAUGUAGAAUUGUUACCGGUGGAUGAUGUUUGUGGGUCCCAAACAAGUACAUUCCCAACAAUAAAAAUAUGCUCCACUAAUCAAACGAAACAAACCGUGCAAAAUAUUGAGUGCGAGCCUGUUGAGAAAGACAGUUUAGUGCCUGUUAUACCCACAACUUCGGCUGAGCUUCCACAUCUGACAUCGCUGUCAUCUUUGUCGCCGAUUUUACCACUAAUAAAGCCAACAACGACAACUAUUGGCACGACGAUCUCCGAGACAACUCCGAUUUUUAAUUUUUCAAACACUGACCCGAACACGGCAAGCGGUUCGUCGGAAGCUAUUGAGAGCACAAGCUCACCGCAAUCGCAAACGUGUAACACUUCCGAGAACUGCGCAGCCCCAAUGACAGAUAGCAUAGCUUAUAGUUGUUCAGAAAUCGCAGCAUGUACGACAGCGCCUGCCAUAUUAAAAGAGAAGUCAACAUCUCCUAUACCAAAAAGGUCAAAGUCGCAAUCUCAAACUGCACGCAAUGCAACGCGUGCACGAGCGUCGACUCGUGUGCAGAUUGUCACGCCACAGCGCAAAAGCGAUAAUACUACACCGGAGUUGACGGAGAAAGAAGAAACGGACGCUGUAGUGUUUACGAAUGCGUCAGUAUCUUUUUGUGGUACAGAAUUUUGUACAAAUCAGAUUGCGGCGGCAUUGCCGGCUGCAUAUCCCGCUACACCGCUACGGUAUGCAAAUCUCUACCAUUUCGAAAAGUAUAUACAACAACUGACGACGCUUAUCGAUGUGUCCGGUAUCAUAGAAUCUGCACGCAAUUUGUAUGUUGACAAAGAGGCCUUAGCGGAAGCACAUGCCGCGUUGCUUGCGCAAGCCACACAAUUCGAUGAUGAAGGGAAUGCCAUUUCGCAGCCACUUUUACUGAAAUAUCAUAAAGAUGGAACUAUAUCGAUACUUAACGAUAACGACGAAUGCAUUAUACUGACGGCGAAUAUGUCGAAAAUGGUGAAAAAGCUCUCGCUGGCGCUAAGCAUUUUGCAAGAGCAACAAUCUCCAAUGCUGGGAGUGAGAGCGCGUAUCCAUGCGCUGCUAAAACAAUUAACACAAACAGCUACAGCAAAAACUGUGCACACAACAAACAUUAUCAGUCCAUCAGUUAUACCAACGGCUGUGGUAAAUCCAACCAAUUUGGCUGAAAAUGCCCAAGAUAUAGAUUUUAAUGCCUUAAAUGCCGUGGACCUAUACAGUGGUAGCGGCGGAGAUGGAAAGCAAUCAAUGCAACAACAAGUGCAUUUAAUCAAUUCUAAUGAACAAAUGUAUUCGAAUUGGCACGAAGUUGAAACCAACGGGCUCAUGACGGGCAUAACUAAUGCCGAGUUUCACAUUGCAAAUGAAGACCAGCUUAUAAAUAUAGAUCCGCUGCCAUUGCUAACCGAUGAAGGUGCAUCGGGUUAUGAGCAUGCGGUAGCAUUUGAUUUUGAUGAGAACUCCACUAUACUCUCAUCGAAUGAAAGUAUAAAUACGCAACGUUUGGAGAACGCAUUCGAACUGGCUUUGGGGCGAGCGGUAGAGGAUAAAAAUUAUAAUUGGGCUGAAUCGGAACAGAAUAGAGAAAUGCAACACUGGCAACAGAGCCAAAGUAGUAACGAAGAUAGUCGUUGGCCAAUGCAAGAGCACAGUUCGAGCUGCAGAGAUAUCGCUUAUGAGGAAAGAGUUGACAGAAGUAUUAAAGAUCAAGCGGGUAAUACGGUAAUGGUUAACAGUGUAGGGGUUAACACUGUAGCUAUCGGUAGUAGUGAGUCUGGAAUUGAAGAAUUAAGUGGCGCUAACAACUUAGGCAAUAGUAACGCCACGGCAAUUGGCAGUGUCAUAACUUUACCACCUGAUCGCCAAGGUAGGCAACCAAUUAAAAAGAUGAUAUUCCAAACAAUUGACGAUCAGGUAAUAACCACUCAGCCGUCGAACAUACCGCUUCAGUCCACACAACGCUGUCGUAAAAAAGUGGUGACUAAAAAGACUGAAAAAGUAGCAAAAGUCCGCACUAAUACAGCGUCCAAAAGAGCAGUGGUCACACCGGCACAAAAAUCAACUAAAAUCUGCAACACCUCAAAGCAAAGCAACACCAUUGGUCAGCAAACCACGCCUAACAUUCACUAUAAUCAUACGCCACAGGUAGUAGCGAAUGCUGGAAGUAAGCAAACCGCCACGUUACAUUACAGAUCGGAUGGGGGCCAUCGGCAGCUGGAGCAACAACAGCAGCAGCAGCAGCGAGCGGGCAACGUCAAAGUGUCAACACAAUUCGUUAGUGGUACCUCAAAUCUUUUGCAGCAAUCAACACCGCUCAUCACCAUUGAUAGUGUUAAAAAUUUACAAUUAUUCUCACAGCAACAUCCACAAAACUCUGCACUUGGUGGUAGUCUGCAACACAGCAAUAACGUUAGAUUUCUAUUAGCAACGCCACUGCAGCACACCAACUCAUACCAACGUCUACGUUCUAUAGAUGCACCACCUGCUCUUUCACCACUGUCAAGCAGUGAUCCAGCAAAAAAUGUGCCCGCACAAGAAACGCUGAUACAAUACACUUACCAGCUGCCGCAAACGCAACCGAAUUUCGGUGAAAAUCACCCAAUAACCGAGCUUCAGUUACAUUCUAUAAAAGGUCUGGCCGAGGCAGAUGUCGUAGAACGUGUAAAACCCACCGAUAUGAGCACGAGUAAUGCCACCACUAUUACCACAGUUCUACCACAGCCUUCAGAUGCCAGCAAGCUAAGAAUGGUGAGGCCCAAUCGUAAACUAGUGAAUAGAAGAGAUAAUACGGAAACGAAAAUUAGUUUCACGCCAAACUUUAAUCCGCAAACUGAGCCAUUGGCAAAUGAAAUGCCCGCAGGAGAUGGGUUGAUGUCAGCGCAGUCGUGCCACUCGCCGCUGGCACAGCAACAACAACAAGUGCAAUUACAGCCGCAAUCAAUACAAUUUUUGCAAACCACAAAUACGAGUAGAAUGAUCAACAGCAUGCAACAAAAGCAUGAGGCCGAACUGGAACAGUUGCGGCAACAGCUUAUAAAGCAAGAAACACAGAACCAAACGGAAUUACAAUUUCAAAAAAUACAGCUACAACCACAGGGUCAAUUAAAUGUGGAACCAAGCCAAAGGAUGGAAUCAAUGAUGACAACGAGCGCGCUGAUACAGAAUCAACCACAUCCGGUGGAUGGGCAGGAAAUACAAUCACAACAACAGCAACAAGCGCGUCAACCACAACUGAUUACAGUUGAUACACAACCAUCAGCAUUAUCGGCAAAACCGCAUAGAUUGCGAACCAUAAAAAACACAACACCACCGCUAACGCCUAUAAAAGCUGGCUCGACACGAAAACGCGGACGUCCGCGAAAAUAUGAUAUGGAUGAAAAAGUAUUUCUGACUACUUCCUCCGAUAUUUUGAAGAAACGUAUAGCACACGAAAUGGAGCCGAAAUCCGCAAAAUCAAAGCAGAGCGCAAAAAUACGUCCGAUAGCAGCUACAAAUUUGAAUGCAAACAGUAGCACUACAAUAACAACAACUAAUCAAACUAACCCAAAAACUAGCCAACUGAUAAUAACACCCCCUGCAACUUAUUAUACGCUUAUCAACAGUCCUCAUGAAUCACAACAACAAGAACAACUACAUUCAUCAUCUACGAUUCUAAUACAUUCGCCUAUGCGACAGCAAGAUGACUAUCAGCAACAGAUGAGACCAUCAUUUACCAGAUCUGCGAAUGCUUUUAAUUUAAUAGAAAAUGUGAUUAUCGAGGUUGAAGCUGCUAGUCAAGCAAAUGUUACUGCACAGUUACAGUCAAAGUCACAUCUUUCGCGAAUACCGCCCACAAAUCAUCAGGAACAAAACCAUCUGACAAGAAUUAUUUACGAACUAAGCUCUGAUGAAAUAUUAUUUAAGUGUUAA